UAUCCUUCGCGGCCCAACGUAUCCCAAGAUCCUUCACGGCCCAACGUAUCCCUCCCAAGAUUCAUUGCGCAUUCAAUCCAAAAAAUAAAACAACAAUGGCGGAGAAUGUGGAUUUGACUUUUUCAUUUAAAUGGAGCAAGGAGCAUACUGCUCAAUUUAUCAAACUCAGGGGGGAGAACGACGAGCUCUUCACCGGGGUGAAACAUUCGGCGAGUGUGGCUUGGGGGACAAUUCUGGAGAAAAUAGGCCUGCAGGGGAAUGAUUGCAAGUAUCCAGGGUCAGGAGAGGGGGUAGGUGGGAAACCCACUGCUGCCACUUGGCCCUGGUUUGUCCUCAUGGAUGAGGUAUUGGGACAGAGGCAUUCCACCAACCCCCCUGUCCUAAUUGCCUCCAUCCCUGAGGACACACCAGGGCCAAGUACGGCAGUGGUGGAUUUGGAGGUGGAGGAGAAGGAUGAGGAGGAGAGCAGGUCCAGGAGGAGGUCCAGAAAGAGGGACAGAGAGGACGAAAUGUUCGAAUUGAUUAAAGAGGACAUGAGGCUGAACAGGGAGGCAGAGGAGAGAAGAGCCCAUGAGAGCAGGGAGAGAAUGGACCGUUUUUUUCAAAGACCCUGGUGUCUCCUGUCAGUGGGACAUCCAGGGUUGGUCUCCAGAGUGUACUGGAUAUGCCUCUCUCCACUGUCCACCGCACCGAAUGGGUUUGCAGGGCUGACUCAAUCGACGGCUGCCAUGUAA